UAUAAAUCCAUUUAUCACAGCGCCCCACGCGGUAUGAUGCGCGCGCAAUAUACGCGCAGAGCAUGGGAGCAGUCAAUUAUUAACUACCCUCAAAGAUACACGUCUUAAUUUGAGUGCUGCUUUAUUGGAGAAAUAUUUUCAAAUUCUUGCAAAUACUUUCUUUGGAGAGAUGCCCAAGCGCAAGUCGUCCGCAACUGUGGUUACAUCCGCAAAAAAGUCCACCAGAAAAGAAAAAUCUGCAACCAAAUCCCACCAAAAAGAGGGGGAAAAUGACAACAGUACUAUCCACCGCAUGGAAGAGGACAUUAACGAGCCUGUUAGCUCAAUAGAACAUUAUCAAGAUAUUUGGAUCAUCGGGUCAUCAUUAAUUUCAUGGGCCUUCCUAGCUGCGAUUGAAUUAGGUUUCACAUCUGACCUUAAUUUUGACAAGCAUAAAAUAUUGUGGCAAGGUCGAAGAGGAAUGCGCUGGAAUGGUGUCUUUAAACUUUUAAAACAUUUACUUACGUUCAUUGAUCCACCAAAAUUUUUGGUAUUACAUUGUGGAGCAAACGACCUUGGCCGUAUGAAGACCAUUGAAUUAAUAGUUGCAAUAAAACGUGAUUUGAAAAAAAUUCAAAUGAUACUUCCGCACACUAAGAUAAUUUGGUCGCAAAUGAUAACAAGGAUUGCCUGGAAAUGUGAAGGGAGACCCGAUAUCGAAAAAAGUAGGGCGCGAGUAAAUAGCGCAAUUGCAAAACAUAUUUUAUAUCAUCACAAUGGAGGGUACAUUAAGCAGUCAAAUAUCCAUCAUAGUCCCGACAAUUACCGCCCCGACGGGGUACACCUCUCUACGCCUG